AGAGACGCGCACAGGAUAAGGAUAAGGACAAGGAUAAGGACUUUUUCCACUCUGUCUGAGGUUGAGCUUGUGUGUCUGAGGAGCUGUAUUCUAACCUCUUGUCUUGGAUUAAAUAUAUUUUUGGUUUUUGUUUGGAUUGUCGAGUUUUUUUGUUGCAUACGGAUGCGAGCACCUGUGCGCAAUUGGAAAAGUUUUGGCCAUGGCGCGUCUCCAUCUCCGUCUCGUCCUGCUGGCUCUGUCUGUCCUGCUGCCCCUGGUUGCCUCCUCGGGAGUGUUUGAGCUGAAGGUGCACUCUUUCAGCACCACACGCCGCUUCUGCAGGAGAACUCGCGACUGCAACAUCUUCUUCCGCAUCUGCCUCAAGCACUCGGAGGAUGUGAUCUCCGCCGAGCCGCCCUGCACCUUCGGCACGGGGCAGACCGGAGUGAUGCGCGCCGAACCGGGGGCCAUCUCCAGCAGCGCCGCCAUCCGCGUGCCCUUCCACUUCAAGUGGCCGGGAACUUUUUCUCUGGUUAUUGAAGCCUGGAAUGCCGAGUCCCCUAAAGAGCAUGCUGACCACACAGAGAACCAGAACAACCUGAUCAGCCGUUUAGCAACACGGCGGCGUUUAGCCAUCGGGGAGGACUGGUCUCAGGACGUGCACUUCGGCGAGCAGAGCGAGCUCCGCUACUCGUACCACGUGUUCUGCGACGAGUUUUACUACGGAGAUGCGUGUUCAGAUUACUGCCGGCCACGUGACGACACACUCGGCCACUACACGUGCGACGAGAACGGCAACAAGCAGUGUCUGGAUGGCUGGCAGGGGGAAUACUGCUCCGAUCCCAUCUGCUCAGCGGACUGCAGCGAUCGUCACGGUUACUGCGAGGCCCCCGGUGAGUGUAAGUGUCGUCUGGGGUGGCAGGGCCCGUCCUGCAGCGAGUGUGUGCGCCACCCCGGCUGUCUGCACGGCACCUGCACGCAGCCUUGGCAGUGUGUGUGUAAGGAAGGAUGGGGAGGUCUCUUCUGCAACCAGGACCUGAACUACUGCACCAACCACCGGCCGUGUGCUAACGGCGCCACCUGCACCAACACUGGCCAGGGCAGCUACACCUGCACCUGCAGGCCGGGGUACGGAGGCACCGACUGCGAGCUCGAGAUCAACGAGUGCGACUGCAACCCCUGUAAGAACGGCGGCAGCUGCAACGAUCUGGAGAACGAUUACUCGUGCACGUGCCCUCAGGGCUUCUACGGGAAAAACUGUGAGAUCAUAGCAAUGACGUGUGCAGAUGAUCCGUGCUUUAACGGAGGAACAUGUGAGGAACGUUUCACUGGAGGCUACGUGUGCCGCUGCCCCCCAGCCUACACUGGCUCCAACUGCGAGAAGAAACUGGACCGCUGCAGCCACAAACCCUGCGCCAACGGUGGUGAGUGUGUGGACGUGGGCUCGGGGGUGCUGUGUCGGUGUCGUCCGGGAUUCGCCGGGCCGCGCUGCGCCGUUAACGUGGACGACUGUGCGCGCUCUCCGUGUCAGAACUCGGGCACUUGUGUAGACGGUGUAAACGACUACACAUGCUCGUGCACGCUUGGAUUCACGGGGAAGAACUGCAGCGUGCGCGCCGAUGCCUGCCUCUCACACGCCUGCCUGCACGGAGGUACCUGCUACACACACUUCUCAGGCCCCGUGUGCCAGUGUGUGCCUGGAUUCAUGGGUCCCAGCUGUGAGUUCCCCGUGCUGGAUAGAGCCGGUAUGGAGCGGGCAGCAUCACGCAGCUCCCGAGGCUCCUCCCCUUCCACGGUGGCGGCGCUGUGCGUGCUGGGCGUGCUGGCAGCCUGCCUGGGCGUGUGCGUUGCUGUGGUGUUCUUGAGGCGCAGGAGGCAGCGCCUGCGCAGACAGCAGCUCUGCGACUCCGUCUUCAACGACCUCGAGACGGUCAACAAUCUCGACCGGCAGCACUUCCCAUACGAACGCGAAUUCCUGUCCAGAGCUGUCAGUCAGGUGAAGCCGAGCAACACUGAGGCCAGACUCAGCUGCUCAUUGGCUCCCGGGCACACGCUUCCUGCCGGGCGGGACUUCCUGUGGAGCGCUGGAGGAGCGGGGAUGAGAUAACACACACACGUAGGCACAAAGGUUCAGGAAACAAGUUUGAAACACCACACACACAUACACACAUAUAUACACACGCACAAACUGAGUGAAGAAGAAAAUGAUAUAAGCACUUCUUUUCCAUAUUCUUUUACAGUGAAUGAGUGAAUUGAUCAAAAACAUGACAGAAUAAAGUGUUGUACAGGAGCUUUUCUGUCGGACUGAUAGAGUUUACGCUCCAAAAACCAAAAAAAGGGAGAAACUUUAAGGUACGUUAAAGUGUCAGAUUUGUUAUAGAUGGUGAUCGCUACAGAAUUCAACAUUAACAGUAUGUGACUCAUAAUUUCUGCAUUAUAAGACACUCCACCCUGAAUUAAGUUCUGUAUGAUUAAAGAAAAGUCACAGGAUAUAUAUAUAUAUAUAUAUAAAGGAAAAAAUGACAAUGUACAAAUUAUUUUAAAGAAUACAUCACAAAAUACCUGCAGGAAAAGGAAAGGAAAAAAAAAAACAUGAAUUAUAGUUUGGGACGUUGUGGUAGGUUAGGCCAAAUCCUGACUGGCUUCUAGAAAACUGAUGUCAAUCUUUCAGUUUUUGAGUCGAAUAUCAUUCCUCCUUUUAAUUCUGAUUUAUCUUUUCAACACUAUGGUGAAUGUUCUUUACACUUUUUACCUCUUUUUUAUCUUUUAUAUUGAUAUUCAUGUAAACAAUGAGAUGUCUGGGUUAGCUAGAUAACUUAAUUCUUUUAUACUUCUGGUUCAUGUUAUCCAGCUAAUUGUAAAUUCUUGCUUUUUUUAAACUUUUUUUUUAUAUAUAAACUCGCUAGAUCUCGAACUGGGAAAGUUCGAAGUCUGCAUUUCCGCCGACGUUCGAUUGUAGCAAAGUCCCAAAUAAUGGAUAACGUUCUCUCAGACUCCUCCUUACAUCCUGUACACGGAUGCUUGUUGUACUUGUUGUAUGAUCCACAAAAUGGAGUGUAUUAGAUCUGUACUUUCAUUGUUACAAAGUCAGAAAUAUAUUUAUAAAUAUUUUCCUAAACCAAAAUGGGGAUAUUGUUAGCCCAGCGUUGUAUUGCUAUGUAGCAGCGAGCUCUUUCCCUACUUUUAAGCGGGAAGUUGAUGUCAUUUUUAUAAGUAAAACUUGAGCUUUCUGAAUGUGAUGUUUCUGACUUGUAGAAAUUGAUUUUUGUGGCCAUUUCACCUUUCAUGACUUUAAACCUGAGUUAAUGCCUGCUUUAAGUUCCUGUUUUGCAUUUUUGUACUUUUAAUUUCAAUCAUUGUUCUUGUAAAAAUAUUUUAUGUUAAUUUAUUUUGUAUGUCUAUUUGUUUGUCAAGUUAAUAAAAUGAGUAAUAUAAUCCUGCAUAAUUAAUCUGCACACAUUUGCAGAAGGUCAUGUGAUUGGGGUCCCAGUAGUCUCCAACAACCAAUCAGAGUCGAGCUUUGGGGACGUGACUGUGAUGUGGAAAAGUUUAUUACUUUAUUACUUUAUUACUCGGCAUAUUAAGUAUGAAUAUGUGAAAUUUGCCCUGCUGACCAAUAAAUUAGUGGUGUCUAAAUAAAAAAAAAGAGCAAUUUUUUCAACAC